AGCCUAUGGGAAGAGCGAAUGGAAUGCUGUGGAGCGCCUGAAGGACAAUAAACCCUUCUACAAACUUGACCACAUUGUCAAGGAGCGGUACCCCACAUUUAUCGAUGCUCUGCGGGACCUCGAUGAUGCCCUGUCAAUGUGCUUCCUCUUCUCCACCUUCCCUCGGACUGGCAAGUGUCAUGUGCAGACCAUUCAGUUGUGCCGCCGGCUUACCGUGGAGUUUCUGCACUACGUCAUCACUGCCCGAGCCCUGCGCAAGGUCUUCCUGUCCAUUAAAGGCAUUUAUUAUCAGGCUGAGGUGCUGGGUCAGCCCAUCGUAUGGAUUGCACCCUAUGCUUUCUCCCAUGAUCAUCCAACAGAUGUGGACUACAGGGUCAUGGCCACCUUCACUGAGUUCUAUACCACACUCCUGGGCUUUGUCAACUUCCGCCUCUACCAGUCACUCAACCUUCACUACCCACCAAAGCUUGAAGGUCAAGCCCAAGCAGAGACUAAGAUCAGUGAGGACACAUAUGCAUUGGACUCUGAGAGCUCUAUGGAGAAACUGGCUGCCCUCAGUGCCAGCCUGGCCCGAGUGGUGGUGCCUGCUCUAGAGGAGGCUGAGGCUGAUGAAUUCCCUACUGAUGGGGAGGUGACAGCACAGGAGGAAGAUCGGAGGAAAGAGCUGGAGGCACAGGAAAAGCACAAGAAACUCUUUGAAGGCCUGAAGUUCUUCCUGAACCGAGAGGUGCCCCGUGAAGCAUUGGCCUUCAUCAUCAGGAGUUUUGGUGGGGAUGUAUCCUGGGACAAGUCUUUGUGUANUGGAGCCACCUAUGACGUCACAGACUCUUGCAUCACCCACCAGAUUGUUGACCGGCCGGGGCAGCAAACCUCCAUCAUUGGCAGGUACUAUGUACAGCCCCAGUGGGUCUUUGACUGUGUGAAUGCCCGGCUGCUCCUCCCUGUGGCAGAGUACUUCCCUGGGGUGCAGCUGCCCCCACAUCUUUCGCCCUUCGUAUCUGAGAAGGAAGGAGAUUACAUUCCCCCUGAGAAGCUGAAGCUCCUGGCUCUGCAGCGGGGAGAAGACCCAGGAAACUUGGAAGAGGAGGAGGAAGAGGAGGAGGAGGAAGAAGAUGAUGACAACGAAGGUGACGGUGAUGUUGCAGCGGAAAAUGAGGAGGAAGAUGUGGAAGCUGAAUCGGAGGAGGAGGAGGAGGCGCACCUGUCGGCCUUGGAGCAGCACAGGCUGGAAGGGAAGAAACCCCAGGUUAUGGCCGGCACUGUGAAGCUGGAAGACAAGCAGCGGCUGGCCCAGGAGGAAGAAAGUGAGGCCAAGCGCUUGGCCAUCAUGAUGAUGAAAAAGCGAGAGAAGUACCUUUACCAAAAGAUCAUGUUUGGCAAGCGACGCAAAAUCCGAGAGGCCAACAAGCUGGCAGAGAAGAGGAAAGCCCAUGAUGAUGCUGUGAGGUCUGAGAAAAAGGCCAAGAGGACGAGGCCCGUGUGAGCUCCCGUCGUCCCUCGCUGAGAUUUGGACUUGGCAGAAGCAAGCUAGUGAAACACACGUACACACCAGNCAGCACUCUCAUACUUUGGUGGUGUGUGGCUAGCCCCAGCCGCCUGUGUGGUUCAUGCCAAUGCCUGGGCAAAGAGGCCUCGACCCAACGCAGUUCUUAAUCCAGGAGUCCAUCUGGCAUCCUCAUUUUCCUUGGCUUUCCACUGCCUCCUACUAGCUGUGCUCAUCCUGUGCUCUGGAUGCUGUCGUGGAGUGGGGAGGGUGGGGAGCUUUUGUUAUUAAAU